GUACUUCAAGAAAGCAACAGCAUAUCUUGCACGAUACUGAAACGAAUUCCAUCAUAUUCCUACCGCUUCGCAUAUCAAAUAUGGCUCCGCUGAAUUUCGCGAGCCUCUCAGUCGAGAUCAAAAGUCUCAUAGUAGCUCAUGUCACGCGACCAACAGAUCUCAAGAAUCUUUGUCUCACAAGCAAACAGUUGCAUGAGAUUGCAGUGCGACCGCUGUAUAAUGAAGUCACAUUAGACAUCGGUUCGCCCCAGGACAUACUACUCAGUAGCUUUCUGAGUCCGAACAACAUUGGCCUCAAGCAUAUUAAAAAGGUGGACCUUUACCUAGCCACUGUCUUGGACCCGUGCAAUCAGCUUCAGCAAGCCAACUUUACAAUACGUCUCCUUAUCGAAUUCCUUCCUGAAAACAUACUAGAGAAGUUCUCAUGGCAUCCGUGGGAGCUGUUUUCGGGAGAGAAUCUGUUACUCCUAUACAAGAAGCAAAGGCGGAUGAAAUGGAUGGAAGCAAUUGCUAUGGACCGUCCUAUGGUUGCAGAACUAGAGAAGCUGCCGCAGAUCGACGAGUGCUUUUCAGAAGUACGGAAGCUGGGUCUUUACCCAGAUAGUAGAGCGGUGCUCGAUUACUGCCAGUUUCUGGUUUCGCGGACGAAGAACAUCGAGAAGAUCACGCUUCACGCCUCCUUCGAUGACCUUGCUUCUGAUCCGAUUCCACCCCGUGAAUUGAAUGACUCCAGUGGUGGACCAGGCUUGAUCACGAGCAGUAUAUUCAGCCAUAUGAUGCCUUUUGACAAAUGUACUCCGAUGAGUCUCCGGGAACUCACACUGCAGAAGGUCAGUUUGAAGUUUUGUCAAGACACGUAUACGAAGAUAAUAGAGUUCUCCAAUGUGAUGUCGCUAAGGGUGUUUCUCUGUCCCGGUGCGGAAUGCUUCUUUGCCGAAUUAAGUAAGAGUUCCAAAUUGCCAGUGAGACUGGAAACUCUGGAAUUCAAGCACGAGGACAACAAUGAGCACGAUGGAUUGAGCACAUUAGACAACUUCCUAUGUCUAACCUCUGGCCUUCGUUCGCUCGCUCUGGACAUUGCGAACGUGAAGGAUCUACCAGCGCCAGCUGGGAUUGUCAGGCAUGCUAGUACGUUAAAGCAGCUGAACGUCCAUGCUGGCAAAGGUGAUAUGGACUGUCAAGAUGAUGAGAUUGUCUAUUCGAUCGAGCACUUUGAGCAAAUAUGCAAGGCCUGCACCGCUAUUGAACAAUUAUCGGUCGCAUUCCCUGCAACGUGUGCGGUCAGGUCAAAUACCGAAAAUUUCUCUGCAUUUGAGACUGCUGUUGGUGAUAUCCCAAGCUUAAUCACACUAAAUAUCACUACAUGGCCGAGUAGCUCCACUAGCUCAUCAACAUCGUCUCGGUUACCGCAGAAAAUAUACGAGCAUCUUCUGCAAGGCAUGGCGCAGCAAGGCUUCGAGAAGAGUAUCAAGCAUGCAGAAGAGAACAAACGUUCGUCGCGGCUGGCUGUUAUUGCUUUCGGCUCGUCAGACAAGGUGUAUGACCGGGAGGACAGCAAGCAUCAAAUGAUUUUUGCGAAAGGCAAACAGCCUGAUCUCCUUGGGAACGAGAGAUACACGGCGAUUCAGGUGUCUUGGUGUCUCAGGAAAUUCGUUGAGUCGAGGUCUGAUAUUCUGGAUUUCUCGCUGUCGAGAAGCUGUAGACCGCCGAUUCGUGAGGAGCUGCCAAGUGAUGAUAGUAUUUGAGGAUGUAGAACUUCCGGCUCGUGAUCGUAGUACAUAUGGAUCUGUAUAACCCAUGACGUCGUAUCUUCGGCUCUACAACCUGGUGAUUUAUUUCCUAAAAUAGUCCUCAUGACGAUGCGUUCUCCAUAUACCAUACGGACCAGUGAUGCUAUCCGACUCGAGUCAUGGGAAUUGUAGGAUAAUUUGGGUGCGUGAAUCUUUACACCAGUGGGUAACGAACGCAGCAAGCAAGCUUUGUAGCUGGUGAACCAAUGAGCGUUGA